CUGGCCGAGGCCCCGCCUCCUCCGGCGCCGGGGCGCGUGACGUCGUUUCCGGUGUGCCCGGGGCCCAACGCGGAUCCGACGCCCGGAGCCUCCGGGAGCCGCCAGGCAGACCCUGAGCAUGACCGACGGGCUGAUGAGCAAAGCAGCCACCAUGGAGAUCCCAAUCCAUGGCAACGGAGACUCCCGGCGUCUCGCUGAGGACGAUGGUCUGGAGCAGGACCUCCAGCAGGUGAUGGUGUCGGGGCCCAACCUGAACGAGACCAGCAUUGUUUCCGGGGGCUACGGGGGCACCGCCGAGGGCAUCAUCCCCACCAGCGCCAUCAAAGGCUCUCUCGUUCCAUCUCACCCACCCCGAAGACCGCUCAUCUCCCCCAGCCCGUCGGCUGCCAGCCGGAUAGCCAGCCAGGCGGUUGCUGCCUCAGGUUCCAAUUUGCACCAGCAGCACUCCAGCCCGGCCCUGGGCGGUGAGGAGGCCACGCGGGGCAUCGCCGUGGAGAAGUUUGAUGUCGUCAAGAAGUGGGGCAUCAACACCUACAAGUGCACAAAGCAGCUGCUCUCGGAGCGCUUUGGGAGGGGCUCUCGGACCGUUGACCUGGAGCUGGAGACGCAGAUUGAGCUCCUGCGGGACACCAAGCGCAAGUACGAGAGCGUCCUGGGCCUGGCCAGGGCCCUCACAAACCACUUCUACAGCCUGGUGCAGACGCAGCACGCCCUGGCCGACGCCUUCUCCGACCUCAGCCAGAAGUCCCCAGAGCUGCAGGAGGAGUUUGGCUACAACGCAGAGACCCAGAAGCUGCUGUGCAAGAACGGGGAGACUCUCCUGGGGGCCGUCAACUUCUUCGUCUCCAGCAUCAACACGCUGGUCAACAAGACCAUGGAGGACACUCUCAUGACCGUCAAGCAGUACGAGACGGCCAGGCUGGAGUACGACGCCUACCGCACGGACCUGGAGGAGCUGAACUUGGGCCCUCGGGACGCCAGCACCCUCUGCCGCCUGGACGCCGCCCAGGCCCACUUCCAGGCCCACCGCGCCAAGUACGAGAAGCUGCGGGCAGACGUGGCCGUCAAGCUGAAGUUCCUGGAGGAGAACAAGGUGAAGGUGAUGCACAAGCAGCUGCUGCUCUUCCACAACGCCAUCUCGGCCUACUUUGCCGGCAACCAGCAGCAGCUGGAGCAGACGCUCAAGCAGUUCAACGUCAAGCUGAAGAGCCCCGGAGCAGAGAAGCCCUCGUGGCUGGAGGAGCCGUGAACUGCCAGCCCCCUGCCCGGCCCCCUCCCCGGCCCCCGCUCCCGU